CAUAAUUUUUAACAAAACAGUCUUCUAGAGUACUCAUCUAUAUGUACAUUGAAACUUUCCGUCCAUCAUCAGACUGUCUGUUUCAUUCGGUUCCUAUUUUUAUAAUCCCGUGUCCAGGUCAGCUUUCACGCAGCUCGACUAACCCGGAAAACUGUUAGCACACUCCUAUCCACCGAACAUGAUAGUGCACUGUUCCUUUCCAAUUAUGACCUCAGCCACAGCUUUAGCACUUCCUCUCCAAAAUUACAAGUCGCCCCCUGGGUGCGCAGAGAAGAGAAGUAAUGCAUGUGCAUAUCCUCAGACCUCAAGUCACUUUAAGGAAAGAUCAGAUCAGAAAGAGUAAAUAGAGUGUGUGUGAGAGAGUUAUAAACAUGAAGUACUCAGAGUUAGAGCACGUCGAAGGCGAAUCUUCCGAGCAGACGCUAUCAUCAGAAGCACCGGAUGAGGGCUGCAUGCAGAUGCAGGAGAGUAAGCGAGGUGGCUGGAAAGCCUUCCCAUAUAUCAUAGGUUCUGAGAUGGGAUUAUCUCUGGCGUCUACAGGGUGGGGAUGCAACCUAACGGUUUACUUAAUCACCGUGUUCAAUAUAAAGAGUAUACGUGCUACCCAAAUCAGUAGCAUUGUCUCCGGCUCCAGCUUUCUGUUCCCCAUCGCUGGAGCUAUUCUAGCAGACUCUUUUCUUGGCUCCUUCUCGGUCAUCACCAUCUUCUCUAUGAUUUCCUUGCUGGGGAUGAUCUUGAUAACCUUGACUGCUUCAGUGAACUUCUUGCACCCUCCACCAUGCACGAAUGCAUCGCUGGUAGCCUUGUACACUGGUAUAGCCCUAGCUUCACUUGGGGCCGGCGGCACCGGGAUCACAGUAGCUACUAUGGGCGCGGAUCAAUUCCAAAACAAUCAUGAUAAAAAUAUUUUCUUCAACUGGUACUUUGUAAUUUCAUAUGCUUGUAUAGCCUGUAGCUCCACCGUGGUUGUUUAUAUUCAAGAUAAAAUAAAUUGGGGUUUGGGAUUUGGAGUUUGUGUUGCUGCAAAUCUAACUGGAUUCAUGGUGUUCUUGUCUGGAAUGCGAUAUUAUCACCAUGUGAAGCCUAAAGAAAGUCCUUUUGCGAGCAUUGCCAGAGUUGUAGUUGCAGCAAUCAUGAAAAGAAAUGCAGCAAGAAAUAACUGCUAUUUUUAUGGUAGUGCUGAGCUGUCAAGAUUAAACCAUGGCCCCACUACAGAUUUCAGCUUCUUAAACAAUGCAGCUUUGAAACUAGAGAGCAAUAAUCAAUCGAGUGACUUGCUGAUUGAGAAGAGAUCAUGGAAGCAUUGUACAGUUGAAGAAGUAGAAGACCUAAAAACCCUACUAAGAAUAGUUCCCCUAUGGUCUUCUAGUAUUCUACUUAGUGCCACCAUAGGUGUUUUUAUAAGUCUAAUACUUCUUGAAGCUCUUACAAUGGACAAACAUUUCGGAAAGAACUUUGAGGUUCCAGCAGCUUCCUUUCUAACCUUCAACAUUUUGUCCACCUGCGUAUCACUCUCAAUCUUGGACCGCUUGGUAUUUCCCUGGUGGCAAAAAUUAACCGGUGAUCACCCAACCCCACUUCAACGAAUAGGAGUCGGUCAUCUGAUAAACAUUAUAGCCCUAGUAGGGUCUGCCAUAGUCGAAAAUCAGCGGUUACAAGUUGUGAAAAAAUUUCACUUGGAUGAUCAACCAGGCUCGGAAGUGCCAAUGUCAGCAUUUUGGCUAGGGAUAAACUUAACAAUUAUUGGGAUCAGUGAAGCAUUACAUUAUCCAGGACAAGUUGCCUUUUAUUAUCAAGAAUUUCCCGAAUCGUUAAGGAACACUGCUACAGCUAUGAUUUCUUUGAUAGUUGGAAUUGGCUUUUAUUCGAGUGCUGUGGUUAUUGGAUUGGUACGGCGAGCAACAGACUGGUUGCCGGAUGAUAUUAAUGCGGGGAGAGCAGAUUAUGUUUAUGGGAUUAUGGCAGGGAUUGGAAUGUUGAAUUUCGCCUAUUAUCUGAUUUGUGCCAAGUCUUUUAACUAUUGCGCUGCUGUCAAGCUUAAUGUUCAUUCUGUUACAUAAUUAGAAUAUGUUCACAUGUGAUGAAUAAUUACCACUGCGUACUGCUUCCAGUUCAUGAAUCAUUCGAAUGUAUUAUAUUCAUAAUCAGCAAUGUAGACUGUAGAAAGCAGUGUUCUUUCUACUGCAUAAUAUUGGUUUUAUUGGACGAAUUAUUACAAUAAUUAAUAUGUAUUCA